AAUGCUGGUGAGCUGGAACAAAGCGGAGAGGCCGGUGCAGGCAGGCAGAGGGACUGGCCCGUGUGACCCCGUGUCUCCGUAUCCGUGUGUGGCUGUCACCGAGCUUUAUGAAGGAUGAGUUCGGGGAAGAAGUUCAAGUAUGGAAUGUACGAGCUGCUGCAGUUUUCGGCGCUCUGUGUCCCGCUCUUUGUGGUCAUGCAGAGGUUUGCUUCCAUCGUGACCCGCGUCAGGAAGGCCCAGGGGCAGCCGGUGGGUGACGCCAACACCGUUUACUGGCUCAUCGUGGCCUCCUCCAUUGCUUAUGUCACCUCGGUUGCCUUGGUGAUCUGGUUCCCCAUGAAGUACAUGAUAGCCAAGAAGAAGAAAUGCUUCAGGGAACGCAAAAAGUGGCGGCCCGUCCUCCUGGCCUACAUGAUCCUGUGCACACUGCCGUGCUUCGCCUUCCUGACCGCCGGAUCUCAGGUCCAAGUGUACAAUAACACGGCCCCCUCUCUCCAUGACACCCUGACGGAGCUCCCCGUGUCCUUGGUCAUCUUCUCACUCAUAGGCGUGGAUAUCAUUGAAAAACUGCGCAAGUUUCAUCUGAGGGGGCAAAUACAAGAUGACGAUGACCCAGUCAUGCUCGGCCCCGUCCUCACCCAUCUCACCCCAGUGCCCACUGUGUCGGGCCAGAUGAGGGGCUCGGCCGAAGACGACAUAACGAGAGAAGCUAACGGAUCGGUGCCCAGAGUCCUUUCAGUGGAACAUGUGGAAAGGCAUCGGAGCAGCUCAGAGCACAGCACGCACACGGCCAGCAGCACCAACUAUGGCACCACGUACACGUCUUCGGGGCUCCUGCACUGCCUGACUGCCAGCGACCCAAGGGCCGUAAUCUUCGUGGAGAGUUUCGUCCUGUGGUUUGACACUGUGGAGCUCGUGCGGGUCACCACCGUGCUGGAUGUCUCGGUUUCCGGAUGGCUUUACCCAAUUUACAUCUUCAGCUACAUUUCUCUGCUGAGGUUGGUGCUGAAGCCCAGAAAUCCCGUGCUGAACUCCUUGGGCGUUUUACUGCAGGACAUUCCCUUCCUGUUCAUCCGCCUCGGACUCGUCUCCGUUUUCGGCUACAUCACUCCUCUUCUGUUCCUUUUCAAAAACCUCCUGGUCUCUUUGACUUUUGUCUACUUCAAUUUUCUGACCCGUCUGAAGAUGUUCAACACCGAGCGGAUGUUUUGAUGACAUUCAAGUUAAAAAAAACGCUGGGACAAGUGAGGAGGAAAUGGACGAGGCUAACGGGGGACGUAACCGGGCGGGCUUGUCCUGUUGGGUUUGUCACUUAGACAUUCACACGCUGAUCGAGGCGAUUUAAUAGCACGUGCUGCCGGACGUGGGCUACGAUAACAUGAGUGUCCCAGUCUGUCCACGAGGCCCUCUGCCUUCAGGAGGACAUUUACUGGGGACAAUGGAUGACUGGGACUCCCCUUCUUCCUUUGUUUUUUGUUGUCUUCACUUAGUAAUCAUAAUGAAAGGCGCUAUAUGACUUUCUUUCUUUCUGUCUUUUUCAUUGUUGCCCCCCACCUCCUCAUAAUCCUGGCAUCAGAGGUGCCAUCUGGAAAGACAGCCAUGAUGAAGGCAGACACCUGCAGCUUUGGAUGUAGAAGAAGGAGAACCCAGAAGCUCGAGGGUCACCAAAUAAAGAACCCUGUCAUUAAAGAGAGCGGUGCCUGCCUAAGAAAGCAGCCUGGGUGACCCUGAGGAGACCCCCUUUAGCUCCAUCGGCUGACAGGCCUGUUCUGUGAUCCCUAGGCCUAAUCGGGGGGAGAGGGGGUUCAUAUGGGGGGCAUCACCCCCUCGAUUGAAUUCCUCAGCAGAUACAAAAGCACAUGGAUGCGGGUUGAGUGCCAGCGCUGACCCUGAGUGAGUCACUAUAGAAAGGCGCUAUAUAAAUUAAGGCCGCUGUUCCUCAUCAAGACUAAGUAGCUUGAAGGCUCCAAGUUGGUUGUUUGGCCACCAGCAGGUUUGUUCAGCCUUGACAUCCAUGGACGCUCGUUCCCUUUCUUGACAAUGCGCCCUGUUUAAUGGUUUUCUAGUUGUGAUUUUUCUAUAUAGCGCCUUUUGGUAACUGCUGUUGACCCUCCCAGUGUCUGUCACAAGCACACAUUCUGGAUUUGCUCUUUUUUUAUUCGAAUGCUCAUUUUGUAUAUUUUU